AUGGCAGUGCCACUAGCAGAGUACAGAGGCAGAGACGGAGGCAGAGCUUUGACCACAGAUUCAGCACUCUUGGCUACCAAGCUGUGGAAUACUCUGAUUCAGUACCAUGGCAUCGGAGACAGCGAACGGCGAGUUGCGAAGAAAACUAAAGAUGCAACUGUGUGGUAUAAACUAUCAGAAGAAUUCAGUGGAUACCUCUAUAAAGUUCAAGGAGUGGUAGAAGAUGUUACUGACAGAGUAGUGGAUCAUAUUUGCCCUGGGCCUUACAGGCUAGACUGGGACAGCUUAAUGACUACAAUGGACAUCUUGGAAAUGUUUGAAGAGAACUGCUGUGUGAUGCGCUACACCACAGCUGGCCAGCUCUGGAACAUCGUAGCACCAAGGGAAUUUAUAGAUUUCUCUUACACUACAAGCUAUGAGGAUGGGCUUCUAACAUGUUGUAUAAGCUUAGACUACGGAGAGGUGAGACCUGACUUUGUCCAUGGAUUCAAUCACCCUUGUGGUUGGUUCUGCGUUCCUCUUAAGGACUAUCCUAGCCACAGUCUUUUGACAGGCUAUAUUCAGACUGAACUGUGAGGGAUGCUACCACAAUCUGCAGUAGACACUGCCAUGUCUAUUACCUUGGCCAAUUUCUACUCUGAUCUGAAAAAGGCACUGAAAACAUAG